CCACUGCUCUGAUAUAUCUCACUAACAACACUGUUUAAUUAGAGAAGGACUACACGGACCACUCUCUGCAGGCAGCUGGUUUAGGUCUUCGCCUGUUUGGAUCAGAUACUACGGCUUUGGAUGUUUACAUAAGAGAGGAAGUCCCAUGUGGAGUAGAAUGACUUGGCUGCAUUCAGCAGCUUCCUGUUUGACUGGAUGAUCUCCUGAUGGAACCCCCUUCGUAUGAGGAGGCCAGUCUCCACCCUCCUGCUGUAUUCAACGUCCUCCUUCCCCCCUCCUACCACACCUCCCUCCACUCCCCUCCAACACCUCCUCCCACCUAUAGAGAAGCAGUUACAAUCCAGCGAGAUGCUUUUCCUGUACUGACUGUGCCAACUGCUGUGACGCCAUCUUCACGAAACCCUGGAAGCAUAGUCCAUCCACUGACACAAAUUGGUGUAACACAGCCUGCCGGCAGCAGACAAACACAGCCAGCGGUGGUCGUCACGCAGCCGCAGCCUGUUCCCAUCUCAGUGACACAUCUGGGAGACUCCCCUGGUGUGGUGCGCUGCCCACACUGCCAGCACGUUGUCACCACUAAAGUCACAUACGUGCCUGGGAGGGCUGCCUGGUGCACAUGUGUGCUUAUUUCAAUAAUGGGGAUGAUCUGUGGUUGCUGUCUAAUCCCGUUCAUGAUACAAGGACUACAAGAUGCACAUCAUUCCUGCCCCAAUUGUAGGAACCAGCUGCAUAAAUACACAAGGUGACACCGUCAGGAUUAAUGCGGUUCCUCUUGUCCCCAUACUAGUCAUAACACAUUUUUGUCACCACAUGGAUGAAUAACAGUUUGUCAAAAGAUAGGAAUGUAAACAGCUCAUUGCCCAAGCUAUACAGGGAAGCCAGAGAGUUAUUUAGGUUAUAAGUAUGUGAUUUAAUAUAUAUAUAUAUAUAUACACAGUACAUACUGAGAUGGACAGAGGAGUGGCUUAUGCUGUUUGAGAAGUUUCUACAGACGAUUUGAUACGAUUUGUUUCGCUAUAAAAACAGUUUGAAUCUGCGGAAAUGCAAAUUCACUGCCGCUUUUCACUGUGAAGGACAAAACCUACAUGCUCUGAGUAUGAUACCAAAAAUAUUAAAUUUUUUAAUUCAUAAUAUGAUCUUUCUUUAAGAUGUCUUAUAUAUUUUCGGAAAAUUUUAAGGCACAACACACAAGCAUUCCUAAUACAUAGGAACAUAGGAACAAACUGAAGCCUCUCCCGUGUGCCAAGCGUGUUGGAGAGCUACGGUGGCCGACGCAAAAACGUGAAUCGUCUCUAGAGCCAUUUGGAGCAGAGCCAGAGUGUGUGUACGAGGGAAGUGAGUGGUGAAGCAAGAGAGAGAGAGAGCAGCGGUGACGGGAGUAAGUAACGUUAUUGACUCCGGCCGAAGCAGGAAAAGUUAACAGUUUGGUUUGUCUGUUUUGUGCCACUGUAGACACAUGGCAGAUCAACGUGGCGGACACUGUGAAGAGGAUCCGCUCCCUAUUUCUGCCAAUAGAUCCCCCUAAAUGUUACACACUGGUCCUUUAAUUGUGAGGGUUUUAAUUCAAAUCAAUGAAGAGGAAGAGAAUACUGAAUCCGUCCCUGCAUGUACAUUAGGCACCAUUUUACCGCGUGUGUGCAGGAUGCUUUACAACAUUACAGAGUGCAGACCAGUGUUGUAGUCAAGACCACCUAAACCAAGACUAGAGUGUAUCGAGACCAAGCCAAGACCAGUGUGAGUCACACACUGCCACACUUAACCAUAAAAUGUGUAACAUACCAACCAUAUGCACUUCUCAAAUUGAACUGAAAGAUCCACAUUCCCAAGAAAACAAAUGAAGAUUCCUCUUCAUUCACCUCUUUUGUUGCCACAAAGCCUGCAGUAUGUCUGUAUGUGUAAGUGGACUGUGAGAAAUGUCUUAAAAGGCAUUGCAGAGUCUCGAGACCAAGACCGGUCUUGAGUACUACAACACUGGUGAAGACUUAACAGAGGACGUUUAUGAUGAACAAGAUGAUGUCCAGUACAGGGACUUAAAUCAUAGUUUUCUUUGUUUGUUUGUUUUUUUCAUGUAUUUGACAAUUAUAUUUUCUACAGUAUAUUUCAAUACUAAAAGAACAAAAUAUUUGUUAUUUGUCUUUUUCUAAUGUAUAUAAAGCUUACAUUCAUGUUUACUUUAAUGAUGAAGGGGGUAACUUGUCCAGACUUGAAUGCCAGACAUGAUUUUCUGUGCUAAAGCAAACAAAGCCUAUUGGAAAACACAUUGACUUAGCAUGCUCCAAUUUAUUUUUCUGCAUAUUUCUUCUGCACAUCCGAGAUAAACUCACACAGGUGAUUGACUUAAACACUGUUAGCUUUGUUAGGGCAGCACAAUUCUUAUUAGUACAUGGAAGCCAGGUGAGCUGAUGUAAUUCCAGUUUCAACAUGAGCCUGUCUGAGCAACCAGAGUGAGUGAACACACCUCUGUGGGAGGGCAGAGCCUUUACGGUACAAUCUGUCAAACAUUAACACAGGAUUGAAUCCUGCUACAAACUGAUUGACAGAACUUUUAAUACAAAGAGGUACACAAGACAACAACUACAUGUAAAAUAAUAAUUUUUGGGUUGCUGUUAAAAAAAUUUUUUUUUACAUGAGUAAAGUUUACUCAUAAUAACGGUAAUGAUUUCAAAUAUGAUCAGCUGAGAAACAGAAAAACUCUUGUAUAGCCUACUGUGUCUCAAAUUUAUCUGGUAAAAAAAUACAGAUGGUUGCUUUUAAUUCCUGAGAUGCAUACUUUGGUAUAUCACUUCUUAAGUAUGCACAACUCCAGUCAGUUAAGUUGAUUAUACAAGUUAGUUAAAGGGACUCUCUGUAAGAAUCAGAAAUUGCUUGUUAACAGCGACACAUGUGGCCGUUAAGUCAACGAAAGUCAGCGUCCCUUUAAGUUAAAGAGUCUAAGUAGUUGCCCUCUUCUGAACGGAUUUGUAUCUUAAAGGAAUAGUUUACAUUUUUAGGAAAAUAUGUUUAUUCACUGUCUGAAUGAUGCUGUGCAGCGCUGUGAAAGUGAAACUUAAAAGCAACACGUUCUAACACAUAAAAUAUAAUGAAACGUUACAUUUUGAACUGAAACAAGACAGUAUGUUUAGGUUUAGGCAACAAAAACACUUAUUUAAGUUUAUGGAAAAUUAUCGUGUAUUGGUUUAAAAUAACUACGUUUGAAAAGUGAAACUUAACGCUUGUGAACACAAAGUCAACUACACGUUGGUUUCACAUGGGAUCCCAUUAAGGCUGACCCAAAUGUUAACCAACCUCCAAAUCAGUAUUCGAAUGCUUGUUUUUUUUGUUUUGUUUUUAUAAGUAUGUUGAAAUCCCCAAAUAGCCCAUGGAAUAAGGAAUAAACAUUAUUCAUUAUUAUUAUUAUUCAUAUUCAACAUUAAUUAAGCUACUAUUAGUUAUUCUCAGAUGUUUGUUACGUGUAGAGGUGCGUGUGUGAAGAGUAGUGUGGCAUCGGCACUGAAACAGGGGAGAUGGAGACAUACUGACAGAAGAACAAGUCAGCUUGCUGUGUUGCAGCGCACCAUGAAGCGCUGAAUACCUUUGAGUAUUUCUCACCGAAGCUUCGAAGUCCAAAAAAACAGGUCAGCACAGCCCUAGAUCCCAUCCAUCACCCAGGCCUCCACCCCAUAUGGAGUUUUACGCUGUCUAAACUACAGCAUCUGAGGUCACUGUUGUGUUCUUUUAUCCCUUCUUUCAGUGAUGGCCCCUUCUGACCCACAUCUAUGAGACUUAUAUACACAGAUAACGCCUAUUUAAUGACCUGAUAACAGUCUAACUGGCUGUUCCAGCAGUUUCUUGACACCAAUUUUUCAUUAAGUGGGAGAUAUUGCUGUCAGAAAUCCCCGAUAUGUCUCUACUACAAAUUACAACUGAACAAUUUUUCCAUUUUAUGUGAAUGUGGCAUUAAUCCCCUGUUUUUACACAACGUUUUUGUACGGGAUAUAACGUGUUACUUAAUAAGCUUCAGCAAUGAUUGAUAAUGAUUUAGACUUGAUAUAUACUGUGAUAUACGCUUGGUGUGAAUAGCAGUUGUAUAAAACAGGGUGAAGGUUGUGUUUGAAGGAUGUGUGCUGUGCUGCUAUGCACUCCAAUGCAAUAGCUGAUUAAUGCACCUGCUUUACCUGUCGUUGUAAUAAUGUGUGACGAACAGUAUCUCUGCCAAGGGAUUUUAAAUCAAAAUGCUAUCUUGUUAUUUAUCAUUCUAUCAUGUUGAUAGGGAAAUAAAAAUGGUCUCGGUUACUUUGA